AUGACCAGCGAAAAAAAAGCGAGCUGGCGUUGCACCACUUGCCGCGGUGUCGGAAAUAUUCCGACACCCACUAAUGUGAAAAAUGCGAAAGUAGAAAAACAAUCGCUCCCGGCGAAGACUAACAAUACUCCUACCGGGUCCAGUGAAUCCAGUGUCCUUACUCAGCUCGAACAAGGAUUUAAAUCCGUCCUGACGGAAAUCAAGGAAUUUCGAGCCGAUUUCGGCGUCUUGCGGGCGGACCUGCAGUCUUGCAAGGACAGUGUCAACAAUAUCGAAACGAAACUAAAUGAGUUUGAACCUCGUUUGUCAACUGCAGAAGACCGGCUUAGCCUUUUAGAGGAUAAAUCCACUCUCUUGCCUAGGUUGCAGUCGGACCUAGAUAAAGCCACGACUAUUAUUUCUACCCUCCAACAGGAAUGUGAGGCUCGCGAGCAAUACUCAAGAAUAAACAAUGUUGAUAUUUCUGGCCUGCCUUUUAAAAAAGGGGAGAACCUUAUUAGCAUUUUAGAAAACAUAUACGCCACAGUGGGAUUAAAAUUGGAGGUUCAGAAUAUAGAUAAUGUUCAACGGGUGCGACGGUUCCAUAGUGUGCCCAGCGAAGAGGGCGGCGAUAACGAUUUCGACCGGUCGUCGAAUGUACGUGAACCGGCGGUGAUCGUAAAGUUUACCCGCCGUAUUUACAAGGAUGAACUUCUCUCGGCGGUGCGAGCUCGAAGGGGCAUCACGACAUCUUCUAUCGGCCUCCCCGGGCCAGCUGUGAACCUGUACCUGGGUGACCACCUCACUCCGGCCAGUAAGAUGCUACUCAAGCAAGCGCGUGAGCUCAAAAAGGAAAACAAAAUCGCCUACCUAUGGAUAAGGGACUGUAAAAUUUUAGCUCGAAAAACCGAGACGUCUCAAGUUAUGGUGAUUAAUAAAAACUUCAAUUUCAACAAGUUUAAGUGA